AUGACUUCGGCGCGCUUCGCGCUGAAGAAGAGGUCGACCGACCGCAUGCGGUCGGUCGACUCACACCCGCGUUUUUCCGCACCCAUCGUUCGCGCCAACACUCGUCACUCCUCGCGCGCGUCGGGAGGGAUGCUCGCGGCGUCCUCGCUCGAGCGGUUCCGGUUCGCGGGCGCGCGCGUCGGCGGCGUCGUGACCGCCGCGGCGACCCGAGGGGGCGCGGACGAGCUCGCGUCCCCGCGACCGCGCGCGGCGCCGCGAUCGGGGACGAAGAAACACCGCGACGACGACGACGUUUUCGACGACGCGCGCAAGCGGCCGCGCGACGUCACGACGGCGGACGCGCCCUCGACGCCGCCGCAGCCGUCAACAAAACCGCCGCCGCCUUCGCCGCUCUCUCAAGCAAGCGUCGCGCGAACCCCGUUCAUCGCGCCAUCGCCCGCGCGGUGGCGCGAGCGCUACGCCCCGACGUGCGAAGCGUGCGAGCGGGAUCGCAAACACUGCGCGCAUCACGCGGAGGUCCCUCUGAAGCUCCUGAUCAUCGGCCACAACCCGUCGGACCACUCCUGGGAGAGCGGGUACUCGUACAGCAACCCGUCGAACAACAUGUGGAAGCUGCUGGUCAGAGGAGAGAUCAUACCGAGCGCGUGGACGUCGGACGACUGCCCGCGGUUGGCGGGCGAGCUCGGGAUCGGAUUCACAGACGCGGGAACGGAGCCCGGGAACGACGCGAACGCGUACGGCCGCGCGGUGAUGAAGGAGUGGAGGGAGGACUUAUACGCGCGGUUGCGCGGGCACCUGUGCCGAGCGAGCGGGCGCGCGAUUGGCGGAGAGGAGGGUGACGUGGCGGAUGAAAUUGAUGACGCGGCGAAGACGUGGCGGGCGACGGCGGCGGCGUUCGGCCCGUCCGUCGUCGCGUUCGCGGGAAAGCGGCAGUACGCGCAGCUCUUCGACACGAUCCCGAAGCGCGUCGAGGUCGGGAAGCAGCCCCCCGGAUCGUUGCCGCCGCGUUGGCCGUUCUGCGAGGACGCGACCGAGGUGUGGGUGUUACCCUCGAGCAGCGGUCGCGCGGCGAUGACGAGAGAGGCGCGGGAGACGCCGUAUCUCGAGCUCGGCGCGAGGCUCGCGGAGGUGGAGUGGCCGCGCCGCGACGGCGGCUUUCGCGGCGGAGCGGAGCGACGUCGUGAGCCGAUGAAGGUACUGCUCAGGUACGAUAGAUAG